AUGACGUCUCGCAAGGGAAAGAACUCGUUGCAUGUUGGAAGGAUUGACGCUGCCCCUCAAGCCACGGCCACAGCGUCGGCAGAUUCGCAGUCAUCCACAACCGUCGAAGGUCCGCUGGAGCGUGAGAAAAAAGCUGAUCGUAUCGGUGUACACAAGCCACGUCUGCCAUUAGCUAGUUCAGUGGGGCCAUCGGCGGCAACGUGGUGGCAUUCUGUCUCAUCGCAGAGUGAAAAUAGGCGCACCCCACCCCUCUUGGAAUGCAGUCGAAUAUUGACCCCGGUUCAAGCCACGCACCGCUUGGGUGUGGCAAGCGGCGCCGUAUCGAAUUUCUAUCCCCGUAUGGCGAUCUUGCGAUGUGACAGAUACACUGCAACUCCAAAUUAUCAUACAAGUUUAGAUGAAAUUUCCAAUGUAGCGGAGGAGAAAAAUGUGGAUUAUGGCAAUGAGAUCAAUGAAGAUAUUGAUAUUCAUUUUUUGGGGGAACAUCUGACGGAUGUGUUGGAAUGUUCGCUUCUUGGUGAGUCCAUCACUCAACUAGCGGAACAUCAUAACACACUAGGACGUGCGGCGUUUCAUAUAUUUAAAGGGAACGUGGGAGCUGGAGUCUUUUUAUUGCCGACGUAUUAUCAAGAUGCUGGAUACGGCGUUGGUUUUGUGUUCAUGGUCCUAUUAGGGUCACUAAUGAUUGACUGUGCAUUGGCCCUUGUUAAAUCAAAGCAAAAGAUUGAUCUCGCGGUUGUUAGAACUUAUCCUGCUGUUGUGGGAUAUAUCCUUGGUGAUGCCUUAAAGCAUUUCACAGAUUUUUCUCUUUUAUUUACUCAAUUUGGUUUUUGUGUGGUGUACAUUCAAUACGCCUCAUCCAUCUUUGCAUCUAUAUUUGCCUUUUCGCAUGCGUACCACGUUUUUGUAUUUUUGGCUGUUUUUAUGGUAACGCCUAUGACUUUUUUUUCUCAUCAUAUGGGUGCGCUGGCGUACGCGUCCAUGCUUGCUGCUGUAUUUGUUGUAAUUGUUCUGGCAGGCGCCGUUAGGGAGGAGGUGGUUUUUCUCGCAACACGUGGAGUUUCACCAGCGGCGGUAUUUUUUGUGCCAACAAUGCGGAUUUUUGUAUUUAUUUCAGGACAUAUGUUUUCGCUUGAAGGUAUUGGCACCGUUCUGCCGGUGGAGAACAGUAUGACGGAUGAGGAUCUUCCACAAUUUGCCACCUUGGUCAAGUACACGCUGGCUUCCAUUGUUGCAACCUACCUUGUCGUCGGUGUGCUUGGGUACCUUGCGUUUGGAGACGCUUUACAAACGUCCGUAGUGCUUGCUAUACCUCCAAGCAAAACAAAGAUAAUGCUGCAGGUACUUUUAGGGUUCAGUCUUAUUUUCAGUUAUCCUAUUCAGUUUGUACCUGCGAUCCAGCUGGUCGACAGAGCCUUGGGAAUCAGCGUGCGAAAAGAGCGAAAAAAGGUAUACCUUGUUCGUGUGGUACUUAAUAUAUUUUUUGGCGCACUUGCCGGCUCCAUUGGUGCCGACACCGUUAAUGUGCUUGCAAGUUUCUUGGGGGCCUUCACAGGGGUGCAUCUUAUGAUCACCCUGCCGGUGCUUCUUGCCCUGUUUACGGAUCCUGUACUGGGCAUUGCGCUGGAACGUACAGAACUUACUUUUCGCGACUACGUCAAGAUAUUCUUUACGAUGCCUGACACCCUUUUGGAAUAUCGAUGGUACUUGUACCUUUUGCUUGCCUUGUGUGUAUGGAUUGGUGGGAUGUAUUACACGUUUGAUUCCAUCUUUGGCUAA